AUGUAUUCAAUUCAAGCGGACAAAACAUUCCAGAAAAUCAUAAAAAUAUUUUAUCUGAGUGGAAUAUGGCAGCGUGACGAAGAACCCAAUUACCGUAAAAUCGGCAAGAAAUUGUUCUACACUUCCUUCGGUGCUCUGUUACCGAUUUUCUUUGCAACCAAUUCUGUUCUAUGCGUCAAUCGAAAUGAAUCGAUUUUUUCUGUACAGAUAGCAAUUCUACUAUGGGUUGUAUACUUGAAAUUUUUGUACCUUCUGUUCAAGGAGCAAGAAAUUUUCGAUUUUUUAAAUGAUCCGACAGUUGUUCACUCCAUUGAAAAUCGUGAACAAUACCAGCAAACAAACAAAAAGAUCAAAAAAUUUAUCGGAUUGGUUCGCCUAUAUUUUUUUACGCUAUGUUUAACUGCUGCCUUGCUCAUUAUUGUAAAAUUGCCAAUAUUCUCCACCGAUAAAGGAUUGCCUGUUUUUAUCAGCUUCACCUGGAAUGAUUCAGAAAUUAUCUAUUGGUUGACUUACUUGUUCCUAUCAUUGUCAAUAGCGUUGUACUGCGUAGUAAAUUUUAUGACUCCAUUAGUUUGGUACAUAAUGUUGAAUUAUUCUGUGGAGUACCAAUUGUUGGGAGAUAAAUUGAAAAACUUAGAGGGCAAAACGAUCAAAAAUGAGGCUCAAAACGAGAAUAAGCAGGAGAAAGGCACGAAAAAAAUGUUAGGUCAGAAAACCUACAAUUUGAUACAACAAAGUAAACAAUUCGUCGAAAAUUUAAUAGUUCUGGUAACAGCACAUCGAAACUUGAACGAAACAAUCGAACGAUUCAGAUCCUGUUUCUCAACAUUAUUUCUGGCCCAAAUCACAACCAGUGGCAUAAUAAUUUGUGUUUCUGUCUACAAUUUGGCCUUUGCUUCAAUGAAAAAUAUUUUUCAAGUAGAAUUGUAUGUUGCUGUGUUAUUCUAUGAAUUUUUUGAUAUUUUUCUGGUUAUGUACUUGGCAAACGAUAUUACCCUGGCGAGUGACCGACUAUCUUACUACUUAUUUGAGUCAAAUUGGAUAGAGCAAACUGAAUCAUGUAAGAAAUAUGUUGUUAUCAUGGGCGAAGUGUUGAAGCAACCACAACAGUUGGUGGUCUUGAUAUAUCCAAUGAAUGUGGAAACUUUUAUGACGAUUAUUAACGGUGCCUACAGCAUGUUCAACAUCUUAAAAAACGUUCAGUGAAACUACAAUAAAAU